CCUUUCGUGCUCUCGUGCGCGUCAGAGUCAUUUACUCUCCCCCGAAUCAGUAUCUCCUUUUCCUCAGUCUCUGGGCUUUUUUAAAAAGAGCCAGUACCCUUCAAUGUUGGAUGUCGUGCUAUGACAACGUCACUGCUUCUCCGUCCGCGCUGGAUCGACCCGUCGGUGAUGUUCCUCUACGACAACGGCGACGGCUCCGAUGAAGUGAGUAAGAACAUGGAGGGCUUUGCUGGUGGCAACUUUGCGGCGAACCAGUGCAGAAAUCUGAUGGCGCAUCCCCCGUCCCUGGCACCCAGCACCACAUACUUGUCCAGCGACGUGCCCGCCUCUGGUAUGGGGGAGCCGGUGAAGCAGUGCAGUCCGUGCUCGGCGGCCCAGAGCUCUUCCAGCGCCUCGCUGCCCUAUGGAUACUUUGGCAGCAGCUACUAUCCGUGCAGAAUGUCCCAUCACAGCAGCAUGAAGUCGUGCGGUUCGCAACCCCCCUCUGCGUAUGGGGAUAAAUACAUGGACUCCUCCGCGUCUGCGACUGACGACUAUACGUCUCGGGCAAAGGAAUUCGCUUUCUAUCCCACGUAUCCUUCUGGUCCGUACCAACCUGUUCCGAGCUAUCUGGAUGUGCCCGUGGUGCCCACUAUCAGUGCGCCGUCGGAGGCCAGACACGAGACCCUGUUGCCCAUGGAUAGCUACCAGCCGUGGACUCUCACCGCGAACGGUUGGAAUAGCCAAGUGUACUGCGCCAAAGAGCAGCCACAGGCAGGGCAUAUCUGGAAAUCCUCUAUACCAGACGCGGUGUCCCACGCAGCGGGGGACGCGGGCUCAUACCGACGUGGACGGAAGAAGCGCGUGCCAUACACCAAGGUGCAACUGAAGGAACUGGAGCGAGAGUACGCCGCCAAUAAAUUUAUCACCAAGGAUAAGCGGAGAAGGAUAUCGGCUCAGACUAAUCUCUCCGAGAGACAGGUUACAAUAUGGUUUCAGAACCGACGUGUGAAGGAAAAGAAAGUGGUCAACAAAGUGAAAAUAAUCAGCUAGAUAUUUUUUCUUUUUGGCGGAAUAUAGGCCUGUCCAUUGGAAAUUAAUACAUACGCACGGGCGCGCACGCGUGCGCGCUAACUCCCCUCUCUCUCUCUCUCUCACACACACACACACACACACACACACACACACACACACACACACACACACACACACACACACACACACACACACACACGCACAAUGAAACAGUCCACAAUUCUGGAUUUAUGGAUUGGGAGGGCUAACUUUUUUCGAUUAUUUGUUUGAUGCACGUGAUUCACCAGAAGUUUUGGAACCCAAUUUCCUUCUAUAAUGCUCGGUUCUCUCUUUUCCUUCGUGUUGUAAAAUAUGUUUGACUGAGUCCGCAUGUGGAAAAAUAUAUGUGACAUUUCUCUCUGAGCUCAGGAAAUCAGACCUCAUGAAGGCUGUCCUAUGCCAUUGAGAUUUUACUUUUCCAAGUUUAACGAGAGUGUUAAAUGCGGAGGUUCACCGGAUUACAUAAAGCAUUUGGACUUUUGGUACAUUUGACUAAUAAUAGCGUCCAACGCCUCUCCAAACAAGCCACAUGGUUUACUUCCAAGAUUUGUUUUUUCAAAUGGACCCAUGCUUCCGUUCAUAUUCAAUAUAUGGUGCAAUUCUUAUUAUAAUGCAUAGAUAAUCGUCCGGAAUAUGUCUUCAUAUUAAUUAUUGCUUUUAUAAUGUGUGCCUAUUCAUGGUUGUAUAUAACGUAAAUUUCGGCAUGGUUACUAUCUUUGUGUGUUAAAUAUUUCUGUCUUGUCCAUCCAAAUAAAAUAUGGACAGUGAAUUAUAAGGCUAUUAUACACUAUGAGUGGAUUUUUAGGUUACCUCGGGAAGCGUUUAUAUUUAUUAAUGCAGGCCAAUUAUUUCAUUGUUGUCAAACUUCCAAAAUCCGCGGCCUAUUUCUUUGUCAUUAGGUCGGUCUAUGGUUGUUUCAAAUGGUUGUGAUCUAACAAUAGGCCAGUUAAUUGACCUACACAAUCUUUGCACACAAUUAUGUUUUUAAAUGUAUUAUCAUUGACCUGUUGAGCAAUCAAUUAGCUUUGCUUUACACCUACAGAGAUCACAUAGUGUAAAGAGCUGUACAGCUAGAGAUGUGUGAGCUUCUACCGCCACCCAGUGGCUAAUCAGGCGUAUUGUGUGUCAAUGAAUUUCUUUCUUUUUUUAUUGAAUUCCAGUAAACGUACCUUGAUAUAACAA